CCAAUAGCAGGCGCUGUUACAGCGGCGAAUGAGGAGCGCGGACGGUGGUUGGUGGGUGGGGGAGGGUCAGAGUGAGUGCGCGCGCCAAGUUUGGACCGAGUGGAGUGGAGGAAGAAGUGGAGACCAUCGGCUCUCAAGAUGGCUCCCAAACGUGUUGUAAAUGUCCGGGCAAGGGCAGCACCCAAGCGGAAGAUGGCAGAGGAACUCAAACCAGGAGAAGUGAUGACUGACACUGGAAAAAAGCAAUGGAAAAUUGGGAAGCCGAUUGGGAAAGGUGGAUUUGGCCUCUUGUAUCUGGCUGAUGAAAAUUCAACCAAGGUAGUUGGGACUAAUGCUUCAUAUGUCAUUAAAGUGGAACCCAGUGACAAUGGACCAUUGUUUUCAGAGCUCAAGUUCUACAUGAGAGCAGCAAAACCAGAGCUAAUUCAAAGCUGGGUGACGUCACGGAGGUUGAAUUAUCUUGGUGUACCCAAGUAUUGGGGGUCAGGACUAUAUGAUAAAAGCGGCAAAAGUUAUAGGUUUAUGGUUAUGGAUCGGUUUGGAUCUGACCUUCAGAAAAUAUUUGAACAAAAUCAUAAGAUUUUCCCUCAGAAAUUUGUGUUCCAGUUAGGUCUACGAUUGAUUGAUAUUCUAGAAUACAUCCAUGAACACGAGUAUGUGCACGGAGACAUCAAAGCUUCCAAUCUGCUCCUCAGUUACAAGAAUCCUAACGAGGUAUAUUUGGUAGAUUAUGGCCUUGCAUAUAGAUAUUGUCCAGAUGGAGUACAUAAAGAAUACAAGGAAGACCCAAAACGUUGCCAUGAUGGUACACUUGAGUUUACAAGUAUCGAUGCACAUAAAGGUGCAGCUCCUUCCCGACGCGGUGACCUGGAAAUCCUGGGAUAUUGCAUGUUACAGUGGCUUAGUGGGCGAUUGCCCUGGGAAGACAAUCUAAAGGAUGCAAACUAUGUCAGAGAUGAAAAACUGAAAUACAGACAAAACCUUCCAAGCUUGAUGGACCAAUGUUUCCCUAGCAAAAGUAAAUCAGUUGAGUUAACAAAAUAUUUUGAAGAUGUCAUGUCGCUUGGUUACAAAGAUAGACCUCGGUAUCAGAGGCUAAGAGAAAUCUUCAAGCAAGCACUUAAAUCGAUUGGCUGUGUAGAUGAUGGUAUUCUGGUUUUGGGACCAUCAUUCAAUGGUGACGCUCCAACAACAUCCAAGGCACAGAAACGACGUUGUUCAAAGCCAAAUGAUGAACCUGAGGGGAAGGACUCGGAUUCAGAGUUAAAGGGUGGAAAAAGGCUAAAGAGAACACCAAAAGGCAAGAAACCAACAGCAAGAAAGAAUUUGAAGAAAGUAGUGACAGUUGAAAUAGGCACUCAGACUUCUCCGUGUGUUGUGACAGCUAGCAAAAAAAAACCCAUCUAAAUAAAUGGUAACUUGUAGAAAAAGAAACUAUCUUGAUUAUUCCUUGCUUCUUUGCAUUUUGUUUGAGUCUGAUAAUUUUGAACAAAGUUAUUCUGAGCAUCGUUCUCAUGUUUAAUACCUAUCAUUUUUAUUCUGGACUUUUUGUGUUGUGCUUUUUUUUGUUUUCAAAAUUUUAAAGUUGCACACUGAAUCGUUGCUCUCUGCACAAUGCAGCCAUUGCUAUUUUUUUCUGCCACUUCAGUAAAUGAGCUGAGCAGUAUCAUAAAGUUGCAACAUGUAAAAUGGCAGGAAGCUAGGAGAAAUGUUAUGCCCCCUUUUUGAGGGGGGCGGGAGAAAAAACAAAGCAAGUCUUGUUAAUCUUGGCAAAUAGUGUUGAGCUUGUUAAUUUUAAAGAUGCAUUGUAAUUGUAAUAUUGAAAACCUUAACAAAUUUCAGUUUCAAGUGACAUAUUUCUAAGCAUUUUGUUUCUGACCACUUGAAAGGACAGCAUAAUUUUAAAGCUUUGGUAAAACUGCUGGCUAAAUGUUCUCAGCAAAAUAAAGACUUUUCCAUUAAAAUCGA